GCCCACAUAAAAGAACGCAGGCGAAUUAUUUACACAAGACAAAUCUCUCAUUUGUGUGAAAAACCUUAUCAACAUUAAAGCCCCUUUCUCACCUCUUCCUUUUCCUACUCUCCCUGAGGACCGUGACCGUUGCACAUUCCAGUCUACGGAGUCUUUGAAGUUCAGUAGAAAACUGACAUCUGAGAAAGAGAAGGGGGGGAAGAAAAUGCCUAAGCUCUCUCCUAACAAGUUCAUUUUCUACUACUUCUUGACCACUCUUCUCUCUGAAUCCUCCCUCUGCUUUUCCUUGAUUGCCUCAGAAUCUACAGACCCAAUUCCAGUCCCAUGGCCAGAACAAUUCCACUCAAUUCUUUUCGUGAAUAACAGUGAGGGAUCUCUACAAAAGGUUGACCUGUGGUAUGACUGGCCAGGAGGCAGAAACUUCAACAUCAUUCAGUACCAGCUGGGAAAGCUUCUUUAUGAUUUGGAAUGGGACAAUGGCACCUCUUACAUUUACACCUUGGACUCCAACAAAGAAUGCAGAGUAUUGCAUUUCCCAGUGGGAAUUCUAAGACCAAAUUGGCUCGAUGGUGCAACAUAUCUUGGUCAGAAAUACAUGGACGGUUUUCUCUGUAAUGUGUGGGAGAAGGUUGAUUUCAUUUGGUACUAUGAGGAUGUGGCCACCAAAAGACCUGUUUAUUGGGCUUUCUUCACAGGAAUGGUAGCACAUGUGAUGACAUUUGAGGUUGGUAGUGUCCUUGAAGACCCCGAGUGGCAAGCUCCUGUAUACUGCUUUACGGAGGCCGUGGAGGAAACAAAACCUGUGCUUGAUACUUUGGGCGGUCCUGUUUCUCGUGCAAGUCUGAUGAAGGGAGGAAAACUUAUGAGUAUGUGAAUUAAUGUCUUUUUAUUGCAAGUAAUUAUCGAUGAAGCUGGAUGAUUUUCAGUCCUUUCUUCUCGGGUAUUUCCGUUUUCCCUUUCUGGUUAUCAAACUAGUAAACAUUUCUUCAUCGCAAGCAAACCAAAGACUUGGAAGUGAAAUGAAACUUAGCAAUUCUGGAAUCAAAUUCCAGGACAGGGAAAGCAAAAAUAAGUAUAGAAAUUGUGUUACCAGUUUUUCUUUAUUAUGUAGUUGCACACUGAGUUGGCCCUCCUGGCAAUAGCAUAGCCCCCUCUGCAGCAUUAGCAUAAAACAUGCAAACCACAUCCUUGCUGAAUCUGCGUUGCAUAAUCCGAUGGAGAAACUUCAUCUCAGUCACCAACCCACGUCCAAGCUGUGGGUCAAAUGGAAGUUUGUUUGCAACUGGAAAGUUUAAAGACUUGAAAGUGGUGUUUAAAUUUUAGAAAUAUGGUACCCUUUUUAUUUUUUGUUUA